UCGAUGGGAAGCCCUGUCCAGCUUGCGGGGCCUGGACCCUCAUAAACAGCAGCUUCUUAUACAAGUCUGAACCCUCGCAGCAGUGAUUGAUGACCCCUGUGACGACAUCCACCCGCGCCGGGCCUCGCAGUGACGGCUUCUGGCCUGCUACUUGUAGUCUUGCGCAGAAGACCCACCGCCCAGGAGCGCGGCGUGUUCGAUUGCCACGCGACUGGAACUGCCCCGGCCGAAGAAGUGUGGUGCGCUGUUGGAAUGGGUAACCUUAACUCGAUUUCCCAGAUCUGAAGGCCCGGCGCAUAAGGGGCGGGAGGGUGACCUGGGAAACGCACUCACUGUCAUUUCCGUCGCCGCGAUUGUUCGACCGUCUAGACACUCCGAGCAAGUAGACAGACCUUCACUUCGAUGACAGCUUCCGGCGCAGGAGGGACGUUGCAAGGGCUUCUGUCGGCAUCGACAUUCGCCGUGGGGUUGGAGCAAGAAGGACGCCGUGGGCCCUUUCCAUCUGGAAGAAAUUCCCAUCAUGCACGCAAAAAAUUUACAUGGCCUAUUCUCAAUUACAAGUCGCUGGAUCUUUCAUCCGGAUGCUGCCUCCAUUUCUUGGACCACAUUUUCGACUCCUCGAUUGACGAGACGGUAUUGAAAUCCGUGCGAAUCAGGAACUGAUGUAGCCACAAUAGUCAGCUCAGAUGAGCAACCGAGACCGAGGCAGCUGAAAGAAAUAUAAAUACCCAAGGAAUGAGAUACAAUAGAG